UUCAAAUAUUAAAUUUGAUAGCUAGCUCAAGUGUAAAAAUAAUUUACUGUAAAUAUUUCGGUUUUGGACUGUUUCUCGGCAAUCUAAAUGCUUUCCAGACAUAGAAUACAUUAAUAUAUAUUCCAAAGAUCCAACUGAGUAGCGGUGAUGAUUUUCUAUGCUGCCUUUUGUAGGAUUUUUGUUGUGUUUAUUUUUAUUGGACUACGGGUUUAUGGCAACGCGUCGAACCACUAUACGAAUACAUGGGCUGUACAUAUACCGAACGUGGAGCAGGAAAAAGUGAACGAAAUUGCUCGUAGACAUGGCAUGAUAAAUUUAGGACAGGUAGGUUAAAAACUGUUUAAAAUUGGUGUAUAUACACAAGGAUAACCUCAUAUCCUCUUCGGCAUUUUAUAAUAUACAAAGGCUCCUUUUAUAUUAGACACGUUGAAUAUUACUAGGUUGGAACGCUAGAAGGCUUCUAUCAUUUUAAACAUCGCGCUUAUCCGAAACGAAUGAGACGGGGAACUAUAGCACACACUUCAAAAUUGUCCCGGGAGUUUAAGGUUUGUCAAUUGUAUUGUUUAUGGGGAUUAUAAUGGCCAUCGCCUGUCGAUGGACGAUGGAUAGUCGAUAGUCAUUUGAAUACUUGUACGUAGGCACAUGCUAAAUAUGUGUAUAAAACAUUAUUUCUCCUUUUUCAUACAGGUAAAAUGGGUCGAACAACAAGUUGUUAAAAGACGAGUAAAAAGAGAUAUUUUAUUUCGCGAUCCCCUGUGGAAUAUACAGUGGUAUUUGGUAAGAAUUUUAAUUUUUUUGUGAAAUUUACUCUAAAUGCAAACAGUUGCAUAAUUACAAUAAAAUGUAGCAAUGUUCAGUAGGUAUUUAAUUAAUUCUUCAGCAAAUCGCUUUUGGGGGUUAAAUACGAUAUUCAAAAGAAUUUAUUAUUGUGGCUAAUGUAUAGGCUAUUUAAUAAUCAAGUCCCACUAGGCACUAGCCCCAAGCAAAUCUAAAAUAAUAUAAGAUAUUGGCUGCAUUAUAAAUACAGUAUUGAUAUUUAUUGCUUGCGUAAUACGUUUGCUUAUAUAUCAUACAAUACACAAUACAUAGUUGUCUAGUGCAUAAUUAUACAGAAAUUCGGUAUCUUAGAUAUGCUUUAGAAUAAUUAGUAACAUUGUAAAUAUUUGGCUCUUAUCAUAUUGAAUGUUUACAUAUUAAGCAUGAACAGAUGAACUAUUAUGCAUUUCAUUGGCUGAUUCUUAGCUUGCAACCAAUCAGAUCCUUUGUUUAUGAGCUUGUUUGUGAAUUGCGUAUGUACUUUCAACUUUGAAAUGAAUUUGUGAAAACCUAAUAUGUGUUUUACCAGGCCUUAAAAUAUUGGUUGGUCACAGACAUUGUCAGACCAUUUCGUGAAUUGUCUAACAUAGAGGGAAAACCACCAGACAUUCUGUCCAACCUAAGCAGGGACGCUGGAAAGGGGGGGUGUGUGCAGGGGGGCAUCGCCCCCUUACCCUUUAGUAAGGGUGGCAGGCAAAAGUGCCCUUAUAGAUAAAAAUUCUAACCCAAAAAUAUGAGGUACAACGAUUAAAAGUAUGAAUUACGGGUGAAAUGUACGUAAUAUUGAAAUAUUCGUGAAAUUUUCUGGAAUUUGUGUCAAAAAUUAUGUUUUCAAAAUUUUUGCCCUUGUUUUGGUGGAUUAAGGUCCCGGAAAAAAAUUUCGGAAAUGAAAUAUUAAUUAGUGAUUGCCCUUACGUCAACAUUGUCCCCCUGUGCCCUACCCUCGCUCCGGCGUCCCUGAGCCUAAGUGAAACACUGACAUCUAUUGUUUGUCCGACCCGAGUGUAUUGGUGUCAGAUCGAACUGUAGCUUUGUCCAACAUAAAUCAAAAUGUACCCUAGUCCAGGACUAGAGGCUUGUAUGUUAAAUGGAGAAUCAGAGUAGUAGUGUAUAAAAUGUUGUUUUAAUGUACUCGAGAGCGGGUCGGCAAGCGGAAUGGUGAAGUGGAAAAUGGGCUUAAGUUGUCAAAGUCUUCCUGCUGUUUUUGACAAGCAAGUUAAUUUUGGCUUGGAAAUAAGUAUGAAUGACACAAAUUUCACAACAUUUACCGUUCAGAAUUAAUACAUUAUGCUGAUAUUAAUUUGUGUCAUUCAGACUUAUUUCCUGGCCAAACUGAACUGAAGGUCAUCGGACAUCAUCACUUAUGUCCGACCCAAACUCAAAGUCAUCGGACAUUUUGUCAGACGGCCCUGUAAAAGAUAUAAAGGCCUGUACAUUACCAUCCCUGUCUGGCCUAAAUGACUUAAAUACUACUUAAUUUGAGAUUAAAAAUUAAGGUUAGACAAAAGUCUACAUUUAUAGAGACAAGGUUCUUAAAUAAUUAAUCUUUCUUGCUUAAUUAAUAUCCUGCACAUUUUUCUCAUCUUUCAUCCAUGACCUUUUGAAACCUGAAUCCCGCAUUUUUUCAUACACUUCUUUGCUGCUAUCAAAAUAAAAAUGUCAUUCCAUGUCCCACAAAACAAAUUUUGUUCCCUCUUUGAAGUUCUAAUUUUAAAACCAAUUUCUUUCAGCAUAACAGCAACAACUUGUUUGUCAAUUAUGAUCACAAUGUUAUACCUGUGUGGAAAACUUUAAACAUUACAGGACGCGGCGUGUCAGUGUCAAUUCUUGAUGAUGGUAAGUGUGACUGAUAUAUAAUAACAGCUUAUCAAUCAAUAUUCUAUAAUACAUGUUGGUAAUAUGCAUUAAUUAUUUUUGUUUAGGUAUUGAAAAAGACCAUCCUGAUCUGAAAGCUAAUUAUGUAUGUACUGAAUGUUUAAUCCAGUACUCUCCCCCAAUGACAACUAAAAUUGUCUGACAUUAGACAGAGUAAAAUAACAAAGUAUGGCACAAUGCAAUUUAAUGGGUUAAUGAAAAUAGUCUACUUCAGUAAGCAAUAUAGCACAGAUGGUUGUUAACUUCAGAAUAGUUGACACUUACAAGAGCAAGCAAAUGAAAUUCAAUAUUUCAGUUCUAGAUAUUGUUUAAAAAAAUAACACUACUGCAUAUAAUAAUGAACCUUGAACUGUCUUUCAUUGGUAGGGAUGAAACUAGCUGAAAAUAUAUUAUUAAGAAGAAUUUCAAUGUUUUAAGUGAAGCCCCUUCGUCUGGAGUUCUUAUUUUUGUCUCGAGAUCUCUCUUCAUCUGGAGGUACUCCAGACGAAGAGCCUUCCCUCGAAACAUCGAAAUUCUGACUUAUAUUUUUGAACAAGCUUUCAUUGGGAGCGAUGCAACUUAUUAUUCAAUUAUUGGCACUACCUAUGAAUGGCGCACAGUUGAAGGUUCAUUAUUAUAUGUAGUUGUAGUGUUCUAUUUUGUGAAACAAUAGAACUGAAAUAUUGAACUUCAUUUGCUUCCUCUUGUAAGUGUCAACUAUUCUCAAGUUAACAACCAUCUGUGUUAUAUUGCUUACUGAAUGACAUAGUUGGUUGCAUUGGAGUGCAUUGCAGCUUGGUUGGUUAAUGAAUAGAAUGUCCAUACAAAACUCUCUCUGAUAACUGCAGGUUGAGCACAAUGAUAGCUACAUACUACUUUGUUAAAAUCACAUACCGUAUUACGAGUGUACACAGACAAUACUACAAUAUGAUUUGCUCAGACAUAAGUUCUAAAUAUUGUUAGGAUCCUGAGGCAAGUUAUGACUACAAUAACAUUGAUCCCGACCCCUCACCAAGACCGACUUUUAAUGAUGAAAACAGGUUGGUAAUACAACACCUUGAACCUUCGCACUAUUUGUUCUCAAUCCACACAUUGCAUAUUUUCAUAAUGGUCUAACCACUAUUUUUGUCUCUCUUGUUAGACAUGGGACGAGAUGUGCGGGUGAGGUUGCGGCAGCCGCUGGCAAUAAUCAUUGUGGUAUUGGUGUUGCGUAUGGUGCAAAAAUAGGAGGUA